AUGAAUGCAUCCAACCCUGAAAAGUUCAAUCAAACAUUAAAUGAACUAUUGAAUGAGCUGAGCGCCGAAGCUGCAGCUGGUGGCCCUCUCCGCAAGUAUGCAGAUGGCAAUGCAACGGUGGGUAGCUCGCAAAUGGUGUAUGCUACGAUGCAGUGUACACCAGAUAUGGACCAGCAAAAUUGUUCCACUUGUCUAAAUUUCGCCAUUAACGAGUAUCAAAGUUGUUGUUCUACAAGGCUUGGAUGCAGGGUUCUUAGACCAAACUGUGUGUUGAGGUUUGAGACUAACCAAUUUUAUAAUCAGACUGCUGCUCCUCUACCGUCGCCUCCACCAUCUCCGACGACAUCCCCAUCCCCAACAGCUUCGUUUUCUCCGACUUCACCUCCGACUUCAAUGGCUUCCCUUGAAUUUCCUGCAGUUGGCUUUGUGAACUUCAUUUUGGGGUUAAAAUUGUCAAAAGGCGAUGAAAACGAGCCGAAGGUCAAGAAACCUUUCGGUUUCCCUCUUCUCCGACGACCAACACAGGUGUCUCUGAUGUCAAUGACGGUGGCAGAGGCUAUGAGCGGCGGCGGCACUAGGGUGUUUGGGCUUGUAAUUAGGUCUUAG